CGCGAAGCCAACGCGGUGCUUACACCGUGCGACCGCGCGCUCUCCCGCGGGGCCGGAGACCGCCCCGGCGGUCUCGGUCUCGCGCGCCAUGACGGGGACGCCGGGGAGGAGCACCGGCGAUGCCUUUGUUUAAGCUUUUUCGCUCCAAGCCGUCCGAGUCUCCGGCGCCGGCGCCUCCUGCCCAGCCGGCUGGCCGCCGGCGCCCGGCGCCCUCACAGGCAGCGCCGGCACGAGCAGCACCGGCAGCGACACAGGCGGUGCCCCAAGCGACACAAGUGGCCGGCAUCCCGGUGCAGGCGCCUCCAACAGUGCCACAAGUCACCGUCCAGCAUGUACAGCAGCAGCUGGGUUCAGUGAGAGAAGAUUUGAUCCAACCGAUCCGCGAGGUUUUGGACAAUGCCUUCUCCGAAGACAUGUCAAACAUUCUGGACAUGCUGAUCAAUGAAGCCUCCACUGGUAUGGCACAGCUGCAGCAGCAGGUGGAAGUUUGCAUCAUGGAAGAGCGCUUUGAUGUGUUGGAGGAGAUCAGUACUUUGGCAUCCCAGUUCCAAGAACUGCAGCAGGCGGCGGAGCGAUGGAAAGCCGGUGAAGCCAGUAGUGCCGGUAUUUCACUCUCGCAGAUGACUGCUGAGCAGCAGGAGGAGGCACAGGAAGCCUGGCUCCGCGAGGAGGAGGAGAGACGUCGCCAAGACGAAGCUCGUUUUCGCGAGCAGGAGGAAGCUCAGCAGAAGUGGCUGGAGGAGCAAGCAGCUGCACAAAGAGAAGAGGCUGCCAGACAGGAGGAGACUACCCACAGCUCGGGCGUGUGGACUGGCCUGGCCG